AUGGCUGCUUCGGAAUUACAUAGGAAUGCUGAAGCGAAGAGGAAAGUUAGGAUUAUAGUGAUUCCGGUGCUCGUGGGAUUUGCUGUGAUACUCGGAUUUUGCUUGUUUGUUUUCUACAAGAGGAGGCAGAAGAAGAAAGGAAUAACUAAUCUUGUUCGUGAAAUCAACUUUGCUAUUGAUAACGAGAGGGAAGAUUGGGAAUUGCCAGUGUUUGGAUUCAACACAAUAGCCAAUGCAACAAACAACUUUUCAGAUGAGUGUAAACUCGGAGAAGGUGGUUAUGGGCCUGUCUAUAAGGGAACAUUGGAAGGGAUAGAAAUUGCUGUGAAGAGACACUCAAGAAAAUCAAAACAAGGACUAGAUGAGUUUCAGAAUGAAGUUAAAUGUAUUGCUAAACUUCAACACCGAAACCUUGUGAGGCUUUUAGGAUGUUGCAUUGAAGAAGAUGAAAGGAUGUUGAUCUAUGAAUACAUGCCCAAUAAAAGCUUGAAUUCAUUUAUUUUUGAUGAAAGAAAAAGAAAGACACUUGAUUGGUCAAAACGCUACACUAUUAUAACCGGAAUUGCAAGGGGUCUUUUGUAUCUUCAUCAAGAUUCCAGAUUAAGAAUCAUUCAUAGGGAUUUAAAAGCUAGCAACAUAUUGUUAGAUAAAGAUAUGAAUCCAAGAAUUUCAGACUUUGGUUUGGCAAGAAGUAUGGAAGGAAGUAAAACAGAAGCAAAUACAAGAAGAGUAAUGGGAACAUAUGGCUACAUGGCACCAGAGUACACCAUUGAUGGGAUUUACUCCACUAAAUCUGAUGUCUUCAGCUUUGGUGUAUUGGUGUUAGAGAUAAUAAAUGGAAAGAAAAAUAGAGGAUUUCGUCAUGCAAAUCAUGAUCUUAAUCUUCUAGGACACGCAUGGAGGCUGUAUAAAAAUGGGAAGCAAUUGGAAUUGAUGGAUGACACUAUUAAGGGUUCAUACGUACACACACAAGUGAAGAGAGCAAUUCAUAUUGGUUUACUAUGUGUGCAAAAGUAUCCUGAAGAUAGACCAGAUAUGCCUUUGGUUGUUGUUAUGUUAGGUAGUCAAAUUCCGUUACAUGAACCUAAACAACCGGGUUUUUAUACAGAAAGAAGAAGACCACAAGAAGCAGAUUGUUCAUCUAGUAAUCCUGAAUGGAGUUCAUCAAAUCACUUAUCUGUUACGUAUCUUCAACCUAGAUAGAAAUUGGUAUAAGUGAUUUCU